AUGGCUCUUCUGUGGCUCCUGGCUGUUCCAGCCAUUGCGGCGAAGAAGAACCAGAGUGAUGGGGACGAUUCCGCCAUGCUCUUCUUCCUCUUGGCCAUGCUUAGUUGCCUCCUGCUGCCCUGGACGUUGGCGGUGCUUUGGUAUUUCCUCUUCCCUGGACAUGCCGAGGUGGCCAAGGCAUUCCCUACGACCAUUGAAGGGAGCCGCGUGAGGCUCUGCAGUACCCAGGCGAUGCAGGAACGUCGUGAAGCUGACAUGCGCCGGCUGAAGUCCCGCCAUAUCUCUGCGGGCUUCGCAUCGCAGCGCGGCGAGUUUAAGCGACUGGUUCUGCUUGUGCUUUUGUGGUGCUGGCUUCUCUACAUUGUGGUGCAGGUGCGGCAAGUGCUGGCGACCAGCGCGCUGUACCAAAACUUUGAUCCCUAUGCAAUUUUGGAAGUUGGAGGAACAUCUUCCAGCUCACAGAUCAAGAAGGCCUUUCACAAGCUCUCACUAAAGUAUCACCCGGAUAAGAACCCCGAUACAGCCGCCGCAGAGAAGUUUAUUCUCAUCAAGAAGGCCUAUGAUGCCCUUACAGAUCCUGUGGCCAAGCGCAACUACCGUCUCUAUGGCAAUCCCGAUGGACCCACGCGGGUGGAACUCAGCGUGGCGUUGCCUUCGGUGGACAAGGAGAAGCAGGGUUUAGUCCUGGUCCUUUUCCUGUUACUCUUUGUGAUUGGAGUGCCCCUGACCUUAUUGUAUUGCAUGCAGUCGACCAGCAUCGAUCAAAAUGGACUGCCACGGAUUACCAACGAGGUCUUGCAGAAUGGUUUAGGGGACACCAUGGACGUCAGAGCAGUGCAGGAGCUCUUACUCCGUGCCAGUGCCGGAGAGACCAAGGCACGGGACGACCACGCAGAUCUGCGAAAGCAGCUUUCUGCGGCCGGCGCGACCUUUGUUCGCAAACGCCCUGAAGAUGCAGAGGAUGAAGCGCGGCUCCAACAAGCGGAAGCACUGUUCUGGGCCCAUCUCCUCCGGCGGACAGAUCUGCUGGAGAUAGAUCUGCUGGAGCCAGCUUUGAUGCACUGGGAGAUGACGUGUAAAGCAUUGCUACAGCUUGCUGCCAAGAAAGGCUUUUCCCAGACGCUUCAUAGCACCCUGGACGUCUUCCGGGGCCUAGUGCAGGCGAUUGAGCCUUCGGGAAAAGGUGCAGGGGCCUUGUUGCAGAUUCCGCACUUCACCUCUGAGCAAGUGCGGAUGUGGCAGAAGCGGAACAAGAAGUACGCCACAUUUCCGACCUUCCUCUCGAUGCCGUCACAGGAGCGAAGCACCGCCUUGUCAACGGAGGAACUGGGCCUGACUGGCAAUCAGCGAGCCGAUAUCGAGGAGUUCGUUGCUUGUGCUCCUCAGAUGCAAAUCCAGGCCUCUCGCGUCUUUGUACAAGGUGAAGAGGAGAUUUGCAUCGGUGACGUAGCUACGCUCGAGCUGAGGCUUCUGCGCGCCAAUCUCCCUGAGGGCGAGGCCAUUGGAUCAGCACAUACACCGCACUUUCCCAGUGCUCAGGUCAGAGAAGCUUGGUGGGUAACCUUUCGCCUGCCUGGCAGGGGCAAAAGUGGUGUUAGUGUGUGUUCAAGGAUUGCAGACGGCUCCAGAGAGUUUGUGGCCCACAUCCGCUUCCGAGUGCCAUUGGCUGGAAAGUGCCGACUCAGGUUGACCUUGUCCUGCGAGGCUUAUGCAGGCAGGACAUGA